AUGGACCGCUCUGCCAACUUCACCUGUCUCUCUGCCACUACUUUGGCAGAGCCCAACUGGACCGAUCCUGGUCUCUUGCCCGGCCCGGCCGGCAUCGGUGUUAAACCCUUGUCAGUCUUCAAAGUCCUUAUCUUGACUUUGCUGGCCAUGCUGGGGGUUGCCACGUUCCUAUGGAACCUACUGGUGCUGGCCACUAUCUUGAGGGUACGUACUUUUCACAGGGUGCCCCAUAACCUAGUUGCCUCCAUGGCCAUCUCUGACGUGAUGGUAGCUGCUUUGGUGAUGCCCCUCAGCCUGAUGUACGAGCUGUCCGGCCGUCGCUGGCGUCUGGGGAGGCUGCUGUGUGAGAUCUGGGUUUCCUGUGACGUGCUGUGCUGCACGGCCAGCAUCUGGAACGUGACGGCCAUUGCACUAGAUCGUUACUGGUCCAUAACGCGGCACUUGGAGUACACGCUGAAGACCCGCCGCCGAAUUUCCAAUCUUAUGAUUGUGGUGACUUGGCUGCUCUCUGCUAUCAUCUCCUUGGCUCCACCACUCUUUGGCUGGGGAGACACUUACUCCGAGGGCAGUGCUGAGUGCCAAGUCAGCCGAGAGCCUUCUUACACCGUCUUUUCAACCUGUGGAGCUUUUUAUGUGCCUCUCUGCGUUGUGCUGUUUGUCUACUGGAAGAUCUACAAGGCAGCCAGGUUUCGCAUUGGAUCCCGUAAGAGCAAUUCCAUCAGUCCAAUUACACCCGGAGUUCUAGAGCUCAGGGAGGAUUCCCAGCAUCCACAGAUGUUGUUCACCGCCCGCCAUGCCACGGUGACGUUCCAAACGGAUGGAGACACUUGGCGGGAGCAGAAAGAGAGGAAAGCUGCCCUCAUGGUGGGGAUCCUCAUUGGUGUCUUUGUCCUCUGCUGGAUCCCCUUCUUCAUCACGGAACUCAUCAGCUCCCUCUGCUCCUGUGACAUCCCGCCAGCCUGCAAAAGUGUUUUCCUUUGGCUCGGAUAUUCCAAUUCUUUUUUCAACCCUUUGAUCUACACAGCCUUUAACAAGAACUACAACAAUGCCUUCAAGAACCUCUUCUCCAGGCAGCCAUAA